AUGUCACUUAAAAACAUAUUUAUAAACACCUUUCAUCAAAGGAAGAAGUUUGUUAACGCAGUUGCAACGGUAGUGAGACUGAAUUAUGAUAAAUGGAACCGUAAUAAACAAAAAUGGCAAUACAGAAAUAACAAAACAAUUGCAGCUUUAUUCACUUCUGGUAUCAUACUGAAAACAAUAAAAGAUGACUUAGAAAAAGAUAUACCAAAAAAUGUCAGUAAUAAAAAGGACGUGAACGGUGGCGACAAUGGCGAUGGCGAAGCUGGACAGAAGAGGCCAGAUCUACCUGUAUAUAGGGCUGAUGAAGUUAGCAAACACGACACUACCGACAGUUUCUGGGUAAUAUACAAACAUGGCGUAUAUGACAUCACCAAAUUCCUCCCCAGCCACCCUGGAGGGAAACAAAUUUUGAACGCGGGAGGACUGAGUAUCGAACCUUUCUGGAAUCUGUACGGCAUGCACAAAACUAAACCAAUAUACCAACUACUUGAGAGUUACAGAAUUGGUAACCUGCACGACGAUGAUGUGGUGGACAUGUCCGGGAACGAGCUGUGGGUCAGUGAACCCGUGCGAGACAAACGGCUCAUCGUUAAGUCGAAGCAGCCGUUCAACGCUGAAAUACCCGCCAAGCUUAUCGUGGAGAGCUUGGACACGCCCAAUGAACUGUUUUUCGUGCGUCAACACAUGCCUGUUCCAGAGUUAGAAGCUAAAGACCACAAACUUGAAAUCAUUGUCAAAAAUGGUAACACUCACACCAAAGUGUUCGACUUAGAGCAGUUGGGGAAAAUGUUCCCUCAGAGCGAAGUGCGAGCAGCCCUCAUGUGUGCUGGUAACCGCAGGACUGAAAUGAGUAAGCAGGUGAAGCCCGUGAAGGGCCUGGAGUGGCAGCAGGGCGCCGUGAGCUGCGCGCGCUGGUCGGGCGCGCUGCUGCGCGACGUGCUCCUGCACUGCGGCCUCGACACCCGCCACACGCACGGACUGCACGUCAUCUUCACAGGUUCGGACAUGGACGCGACCGGUACGUACUUUAGCACGUCCAUACCUUUGGAGCAAGCGCUGAACCCGAACAGCAGCGUAAUCCUGGCCACGCACAUGAACGGAGAAAUCUUGCCGAAAGACCACGGAUACCCGCUGAGGGUCAUAGUGCCCGGUGCUCCUGCCGUCAGAAGUGUCAAGUGGCUACAGUCGAUAACCAUUUCGAAGGAGGAGAGUUCGUCCCACUGGCACCAGAAGGACUACCGCUCGUUCAACGCGUCCAAGACGUGGGAGACGGCGGACUUCGCGUCUGCGCCGCCCGUGUACAGCCUGCCCGUCACCUCCGCCAUCUGCGACCCCGUCGACGGGGACACGUGCGCCGUCAAGGGCGGCUGCAUCGAGGUCAAAGGGUACGCGUACUCGGGCGGGGGGGCGCGUGUGGUGCGCGUGGACGUGUCGGCGGACGGCGGCGCCACGUGGCUGCAGGCGCAGGAGCUGGCGGCCGACCCCGCGCCGCCGGGCCGACACUACGCCUGGAUGCUCUGGACGGCCUCCGUACCCGUCCCCAAGGGCCUGAAGCAGGUGGAAUUAAGGGCGAAAGCAACAGACAAUAACUUCAACACUCAACCGGAAAAAUUCGAAGAUAUUUGGAAUAUCCGGGGCAUAUUGGGCAAUGCAUAUCACAAGAUCAAUGUGAAACUAAAUCAUUAA